UUGCGCUUCUCAUUGUUGAAAAUCGAACAACUGAUGUAGUUAACACGAGAAGUGUGAAACCUUAAGACUCAGAGUAUGAGUGUUCAUGGCUGUGCUCAUUUAGCAAGUUUCAAAUCAGCCAAAGGAACCCAAUCUUACCGUGUUUUACAUGCUUAUUUUAUUGCCGGGAUUACAGAAGAAGCGCGGAAAAAGAAGGCUCAGACUUGCUUCUGUCACACUUGUUGUCGUCACACUUCUCGGUUACAUGCCUGUCUAUACUGUGUCUAUUUUGGUUGCUACGAUGGGAAACAUAUUCGUGAACAUGCCCUCAGUAAAAAACAUAAUUUAGCUGUAGAUAUAUCAUAUGGUACUGUCUUUUGUUUCUCAUGUGGAGAUUAUGUGUAUGAUAAAGAAUUGGAAGCAAUAGCAAAAAGACACAGGCGGAAGGCAGCUAAGCUAAAUGGCAUCAAAGAGCAGUAUUAUGAAUGGGAACCAACUAAUUUUGAACUAGAUUUACUCAGGAGAAACCCUCGCAGGAAGAGGAUAAGUGAUAAUUCUUAUAUAGGAUUAAGAGGGCUCAUCAACUUAGGGAACACAUGCUUCAUGAACUGCAUCGUACAAGCGCUGAUGCACACACCACUUCUCCGGGACUAUUUUCUCGCUGACCGCAAUGUUUGUCACUUCCAAGAUGACCCUUCCAUGUGUCUGGUCUGUGAGAUGUCGCAGCUGUUCCAAGAGUUUUACUCAGGAAAAAGUACGCCUCACAUUCCUUUUCGACUUCUUCAUCUCGUGUGGACCCAUGCUCGACACCUGGCAGGGUAUGAGCAACAAGAUGCUCAUGAAUUCUUCAUUGCUACUCUAGAUGUGCUUCACAGGCAUUGUAAAGGUACAAAUGGCUUAUCAAGUAGUAACCCACACCACUGUAAUUGUAUUGUAGAUCAGAUCUUUACAGGGGGUCUUCAGUCAGAUGUUGUUUGCCAAGCGUGCAGGGGAGUGUCCACAACCAUCGAUCCAUUCUGGGACAUAUCGUUGGAUCUUGGACCUAGUCUUCAUCUUCAGUCUUCCACAAGUGGUCCUAAUUCUACAGAGAGCAUGGGCAAUGACAUUGGACUUAAUGAGGAUAUGGAACCAACUUCUCUACUUGACUGUUUAGAAAGGUUCACACGCCCUGAACACUUGGGAAGUUCGGCUAAAAUCAAGUGUAAUGGCUGUCAGAGUUAUCAAGAGUCCACCAAACAGUUAACUAUGAAGAAAUUGCCAGUUGUUGCUAGCUUUCAUUUAAAGCGCUUCGAGCACUCAACAAGGUUUCACAAGAAAAUUUCCACUUUCAUCUCCUUUCCCCAGUACCUAGACAUGACUCCGUUUAUGUCAUCUCGACGUGGUAAAUCUAGUAACAGUAGUAGAGCUAGUGAUAAUGGGUACACCAACAGUGUCAGCAUAGCAGACAACAAGUACUGCCUUUUUGCUGUAGUUAAUCACAUUGGGACGAUAGAGACUGGUCAUUAUACAGCCUAUAUCAGACAGCAUCGGGACCAGUGGUUUAAGUGUGAUGACCAUCUGAUCACAAGAGCAACAGUACAGGAUGUACUGGACAGUGAAGGGUAUCUUCUGUUCUAUCACAAACAAAUUUUGGAAUAUGAAUGACAGAGGCUGGACCUUAGGGAAAUAAAUUAAAUGGAUCUCAGCCUGCUCCUCGGUGGGCCUGGUGCCGCUAUACUUCGGGGUGACGAACCUUGUGCUUCUUACCGUCUUAACCGAUCAUGGGGUUUGAUUCCUUGUUUGCUCAACAAAGCAGCUGUAUUAUGUAUUAUGUCAGUACUUGUGGCCACAUCUUAUUUCAGUGGUGACUGUGUAUGAAAGGAAUUCAAAUUGUAAAGUAAAGGUUCAUAUUUCUUCUUUAGUUCAAGCUGGUAGAAACCAGGUUGAAAAUUUACUUCAGAACUUGUAAAAAAUUUAUUUAUUAAAAAGUGGCAUAAUCUGCAUAUUCUGUGUGAUUUUCAGACGUGGUAAUGUAUGUAUAGUGUUUAAAUCAUUGUAACUCAUGCAAAUGCCUUAAUUGAAAUUUCAGUGAAUAAUAAUAAAAAACUUAAAUAUCAAAACAAAAAUUAUAUGUAGAAAAUUAACUUUUGUACUAGUGAAUGAACAUUCUGAUAACCAGGUGAAUUCAGGGUUAGGAAACAUUUCAACAACUAACUAUCAUUACCAUGUUUGGAUAAAUAGACUUGGUAUUUACUAGACAGUUUUACUUAUUAAAAAAUUGAUCUACAAAAUUAAAUAAAAAAAAGUUCUGUUACUUACCCUAAAGAGGAAAUUUUUACAGCUUUUAAUGAAAAUAUUUAUAAGAUAAUUUGAAAGGUUUUGAUAGAAAAAACAAACAAAAACCAUACAUGAUAAGAAGUAAUAAUGUUUUCAUUUUAAUAUGUUAAAACAUCGCACUACUGAAGAAAUAGGAUGAUCUUUGUAAUGCUGCUGUUGCUAGGUAGUUCAGAUUGUCAAGCACUCAUUGUGCAUGAUUUAUCUACAAUUAAGAAAUGAUUGUUAUAGAUAUUUGAAAAAGAAUGAACAAUAUUAGUCUUAUACCCAAGCUUAAAUUUAGUUAUAUUAGAUCAUAUGCACUUCAUCAUGUUUUCACAAUAUUUAUAUUUACAAAGUUGCAAGAUAAAUCAUAUCUUGACCUUGCAUAGAAAUUUAUUCGUUACUGUGAUUUCCAGAAAAAGUAAACUGUUAACUAAUUUCAUCUUUUCUCUGUCUUUUUCACAGCUGCAUAUUAAUACUAUCUUGGACUGACUUCCACUGCAAGAAAUAAUUUUUAAAAGCCUCAAAAUCUUUCCUAAUUGUUUCUAAUCCAACAUAGUGAGGUACUUGUUUAAUAACAAA